AUGAUGAGUUUUGUAAAGUUGUUCAGUGGAUUAUUCUUAGUUAUAUGUUUAAUAAACUUAAAUGAAAACGUUUUAAUUCAGCAUACCUCCUUGCUAAGUAUUAGGUCUUCGACAAAGUCAAAUAAGCACAAGCCAACAAAGCUCCAAUGUGAAGAAUAUGCGCAACAAUACUUAGAUUACUUAAUUUUAAAGGAUCGAUUCUUCUUUAGAGUUAAAAUGACAGAUAAAUAUCGCUCGGUUUUAUCUUCAGAGUCUGAUUCCAAUUUAGCAGAAACUGCACAACAACGUUUUGAUAGCUCAUUCGAAAAAAUGGUGUCGCUCUCUAAAGAAAUCGAAUCAAUGCUGGAAGAAGUCAGAAAACUAUUUGAAUUGCUAAUGAAAUGCCUUACUGUUUAUGGAGAGUUUUACAGUCCAGAGAAGAUUUUCCAGAGAAAUAAUAGUAUGCUUAAAUAUUUAAACUCCGUUGAUGAUGUUAUGAAGUAA